GAUGCGAAGAGCUUUAACGAACGUGGAUGGCAAAGACUAGUUGACGAUCAAAUACAAGGCGCCAUUGAAGAUUUUGACAGGGCCAUCGAGUUGGACCCAAGUUACGCAGCUGCAUACAACAAUCGUGGCAUUGUCCGAGAGUUGGCUGGACGCGAUGACUUUUCCUUGGACUAUGAUGAGGCUGACCGCUUGACUUCGGAAACACCAGAAGUGCAAGAAAAGCUUCGAAAGGCUCGAAAGUGGAAACAGAUCGGCUGGAAAGGUCGUGGGGAAGUGGAAGCUAUGCAGAAAGCUCAGGAUGCAGACUUUUUGAUCUCCUUCACCACGGGCGACAGGACGCGCAAUGAUGAACUCCUUCGAAUCUUGAAGAACGAGAAGGUCCUGUUUCGUGGAGAGCUGCGCUCCGUGACCUUUUGCACCGACAAAUCCUUGUCUAUAGCGCAUAGGGUGCUUUGCUCUCAGACAGCUUCAUUGAGGAAAGACGGUGAGUUCCCAGCCUGGUUCAAGGUGUACAUGGAAGCAGCUCUGCAGACGCGGCAUGGAGUAUUGAUCUUGAAUAUCACAGAAGGAUACCUCAAGUCAAAGGCUUGUAGGUGGGAGUUUGGUUACAUCCGUCGCCCUGAAUUGGUGAACGUCUUGAUUCCAGGUGAUCCGUGCAAGAUUGUGCCCUGGGAAGAGCUGGCCCAAAAUGCAGAACUUUGCCAAGAAGUUUUCAACUCCAAGGGAUUUUCGGAGGCUAUGAUGUCGCAAGACCUGAAGCAAGAGAAGGCCAAGACCUUGGAGCAGAUGAGUAAGCUUGCAAAAUUUGCCAAUGAGCAGGAGUUUCAGGCCUGGUGUGAGCUGCCUCUUCGGCAGGUGGCCUAUGCAUUUUCCAUGCGUCACUUCGAGGAGCAGAGCGAUGAGAGGAUCAAAAGCGCCUUUGCAUUGGCUCUUGUCUACGAUCGAAUUGGAAGUGCGGCGAGGGCCAAGGAGUUGUUCCAGAAGGUUCUGGAAAGCGACACGGCAAACCUUGGUCCAGAGCACCCGAAGCUUGCCAGUACGUUGAAUCAGCUUGGAAAUGCCAACUCGUACUUAGGAAAUUACAUCCAGCAGAAGGAAUUGCUGGAGCUGGCCUUGAAGAUUCAAGAAAAGCACUAUGGCUCGGACCAUCCAGAGGUGGCCGUUACAUUGACGAAUCUUGGAAAUGCCCACGCUGACUUGGGCGAUCGCAGCAGGGCGAAGGAGCUGCUGGAGCGCGCAUUGAGGAUUAAGGAACAGCACUACGGCUCGGACCACACAGAGGUGGCCAUUACAUUGAUGAAUCUUGGAAAUGCCCACGAAAGAUUGGGCGAUCACAGCAGGGCCGAGGACAUGAAGCAACGUGCUUUCAAGAUUAUGGUUCAGCACUAUGGCUCGGACCAUCCAGACGUGGCCAUUGUGUUGGUGAGUCUUGCAACUAGCAGAGGACACUUGGGUGAUUACAGCCAGCAGAAGGAGUUCCUGGAGCGUGCUUUGAGAAUUUUUGAACAGCAUUAUGGCUCGGACCAUUCAGAGGUGGGCAGUGUGUUGACGAAUCUUGGAAAUGCUCUCGGUGAAGAGGGUGAUCACAGCAGGGCCAAGGAAAUGCUGGAGCGUGCUUUGAGGAUUAAGGAACAAUACUAUGGCCGAGACCAUCCGGAGGUGGCCAGUACGUUGGCGAGUCUUGGACAUGCCCACAGUGAAUUGGGCGAUCACAGCAGGUCCAAGGAAACGCUGGAGCGUGCUUUGAGGAUUCAAGAACAGCACUAUGGCUUGGACCAUCCAGAGUUGGCCGUUACGUUGACAAAUCUUGGAAAUGCCCACGGACGCUUGGGAGAUCACAGCAGGGCGAAGGAGCUGCUGGAGCGUGCUUUGAGGAUUGAGGAACAAUACUAUGGCCGGGACCAUCCACAGCUAGCCAGUACGUUAGAGAAUCUUGGUACUUCCCACAUAUUGUUGAACGAUCACAUCAGGGCCAAGGACAUACUGGAGCGCGCUUUGAGGAUCCGGGAACAACACUAUGGCUUGGACCAUGCAGAGUUGGCCGACAUGUUGACCAAUCUUGCAAUUGUUCACGACUCCUUGCGCGAUUACAGCGCCGCCAAGGACAGACUAGAGCGUGCUUUGAGGAUUGAGGAGCAACACUAUGGCGUGGACCAUCCACAGGUGGGCAUUUCAUUGAAGAAUCUUGGAAGUGUUCACGGUGACCUGGGUAAUCACAGCCAGAAGAAGGAGAUGCUGCAGCGAGCUUUGUGCAUAUUCGAGCAGCACGAGCAUCCCUUGGCCAGCACAGUUCGGGAAUCGUUGCGCACCAGCGAAGAGUGA